GACGACUCACCCGGUCACCCUCCAUGGCCGGCCGGUGACACCCGGGAUAAGUUCAUAGAUGGAAGGCAGCCGAUACCUGCAGCACAGAGACAGAGACAGGCUUGUGAAGACUUGUAAAGCUCCCGUGCCCCGCGCCACGCGCUCCCCGCUCCCCGCGCCUGCGAGGUCAAUAGAGCAAAUCAAUCCAUCCGACGUUCGAAAGCUGCAGCAGCUCCGAGCUCCUCUGCUGCUGCUGCCACUGCCGUCCGAGCUCCAUCCGUGCGCUCGUUCUCGCAAUCUCUCGCUUCGUUGCGUUCUUGUGAGAUCGGUUGCAGGUCGCUCUCUGAUAGAUUACAGGAUCAGCAAUGAGGAAUUAGAAUUGCGACGUGGUGUGGAAGGACGCGGAUAGAGAGGAAUACAACUAUGCGUGAUCACCCUCGAACUUCGACGGAAUGAUGGAAGUCUCAUAUUUGCGCCCGAGUGGAGGAGGAGGAAGAACCAUGAGGCGAUUUUUCCCUUUGCUCGUCGUGGUUUUGCUUCUUAUCUCCACGGCCUUGACAUCGUCAGCACAAACCAUCCCUCGAGAUGGCCGGGUUCAUCCUUCGCUGGUGAAGGCAGAGAAGAAAAAGUCUGUCCUUUCCUUAUUCAAACUGGGUAUGGGGAGCAAGUUUUGGAAUGAGAAAGUAAUGGGACGUGGGUACGAGGACUUGACUUUGUCAGAGUCAAGUCCUGCGGGCAAAGCCGCUAUGAUGAAUUACACAAAGGCAGGCACGAUUUCACAUUACUUGAAAUUAUCGGUUGUCGAUGCCAUACACCUUCCCCUUCCUAUCAAUUUUAUCUUUAUCGGAUUCGGUGGUGAAGGCAAUCAAGGGGUCAUUUUGGGAGAAGAUGAGAUGGAACGGUGGUUUACCAACAUUGACCACAUUUUGGAACAUACACGCAUCCCACAACUUGGAGAAGCACUCACUCCCUUCUACAGGCUGAAAGGAACUGUGAAUAAAGAACAUCAUCUCCCACUUAUAAGUUACGCCCAUUACAACUACUCAGUGCAUGGUAUUGAGCUCGAUGCGAAAGUAACAGCUGUCUUUGAGCGUGCAAUAAAGAUUUUUGGUCGACGUGACAACUAUUCCGAUACAAGUCCGGAUAAAGAAGCUCUUUGGCAGGUCGACAUGGGCGGGAUGACUUAUCUCUUCUCAAAUCUUGUGGAGUACCUUCAAUUAGAGAACGCUUACAAUAUCUUCAUUCUGAACCCCAAACGUGACGCAGAGCGUGGAACAUACGCAUAUAGGCACGGAUUAUCUGCAGCUGAAAUGGAUUUUUUGAAAGCUAACGUGGCCAAAACAAAGCCUCUACUUUCAGCGAAGGUGAAAAGUCAGGACAUUCUAGAUGUAGAAAAGUUCAAGCAUCCUUUGUAUGAUCGACAUCCUUUGCUGCGAUUUUCGUGGACCUCGGCUGAUAAUGACCACACGGCGACUUGGGCUGAUACCGUCCAUACUGCGUUGGACACCAUGGAACAUGCUUUGCAAGGGAAAAGCGGUGAAGAUAUUGCCCUGGCGAAGGCCGAGCAGAUUUUGAAUGGUAAAGACAUGCAGCUUGCAGCGAGUUUACGCAGAGGUUUAAAACCCGAUGGAGAAUCAGGAUUGAGGCCGGAGUGUCUUGUUGAUACGUGGGUGGGACAGGAUAGGUGGGCUUUUGUUGAUUUGAGUGCUGGUCCCGUUACAUGGGGUCCCGCUGUUGGUGGAGAUGGGGUUCGCACCGAGAUGACCCUUCCCUCCGUCGAUAUAAGCUUUGGUCACCUUCCUCUUUCCACAACUGGCGAGGAUGAAACUGUUCAAGAGGAAUUUCAAGAGCUAUGGCGGGAUCGAUUUACAUAUAUGGGAGAGGACGAACAACAUGCCGUAGACAUGCUACUGGCAGAAAUUGAUGUCUAUGAGGUCUUUGCCGACAGACAUUGCCGAGGUCGAAAAGUUGCUCUUACGUUCUGUGAAGAGUUGCUGGAGAGGAUCAGCGAUGUGAAAGAUGAGCUGGGAACAAUCUCAACUCAAGCUGAGCUGGACGAGCAGACAGACGCGGAGAAAGAAGAAAUUAUGGGGCACAAGAUUAAAGCUGCUGAUGCAUUGAGGCGCAUUGACGAGUGGAACAUAUUUGGCUUUGUGAAUCAACAUACGCAAAACUUCUCUACGGCGCGUGACUCCUUUCUGGCCUCUUUGGGUUCAGUCUUGGCCUCGUCAAUGCGUCACGUGGUGACACCUUCAACUGCAGAUGGAGCAUAUCACUUCUAUGAAAAUGUCUACUUUCAGAUAUAUUUCAUCUCUGAGGCGAAGUACAAACAUGAUUCACUCAUUCCAGUGGACAUCAUUGCUGUUAAGGCGGCUUUGUCACGUCUUGUAGUGCCUGCUCAGACGGCCGUUUUCGGAGUCCAGAAACUGGCACUAUCCGAAGAUCCAGCACUGGCGAUGGCCUUUGCUGCUGCCAAACGUGCAGCUGUUGUGCCUAUGCUGUCUGUUAAUGGAACGUAUAGGGCAUCUCAGCGUGUUUACUUGGACUCUGCCAUUCUUCAGCACCAUAUCAAGCAACUAGUUUCUCUCGCAGAUAAGAAACCUACUGGACGGAACAGUAUAGAGGUACCAAUUUUUUGGUUCUUGCGCUCUGGCAAGGAGCCUCUGUUGAUAGAUAAGCAUUAUCAGGCGAAGGCCUUACCAGAUAUGGUCAUUGUAGUACAAUCCACGAAGAAUUCAUGGGAGAGCCAUCUUCAAUGUAAUGGAGAAUCUGUAUACUGGGAUCUGACACAACCAUCAAAAGCUGCCAUAGCAGCUGUAGCCGAGCACAUGGCUGGUAUCAUUCCCUCUGAAGUCACGUACAGCCAAGCUCAUGAAAACGCUAUGCAUGAUUGGACAUGGUCGGUUGGUGCCCACCCGUUCUCAAGCACCUCCGCAGGGUGGAAUGUUGCAGGAUUUCACAAUGAUGCCAUGGCUCGCAGCUAUAUCGUGACAGCCUUCGACGAGUCAGUCCGCGUCGUGAAUUCUGCGGUGGAAAUUUUGGCCAAUGAAAGAACUCAAAAAUUGACUUUUCCUGCAUUCAGAGCGCACGAACAGAAACUUCGAUACAGCUACAACGCUGUAGUAAAUCUAUGGAAGCGAAUAGCAGGCUUCACGGAAGACUUGCAUUAUGCAGAAUCCUUGAAGCUUUUGAAUCACUUAGAGAUGUCGUCUCUAAGCUUUAUGUCAGCGGUGAACGAAACCAUCAAUGCACUUCACCCUGUUUACUGCACCCGGCAGCGCAAACUGGAGACGAGAGUAGACGUGCUGACUGGUCUAGCUUUUCUCACUGUUAUCGUUGUAUUGUGGUUGUUAUUUAGACCCAGGCGUAUCAAACCGAAAAUUAAUUAGAUUCAUAGAACUUCAGGAGCUGUAGGUCAGAAUAGUUAUGCUUGUAACCGCUUGCAGGACUUGUACCUUGCGUUUGCAAGCCAAAUGAGUUGUCCAUCAAAUGAGUUUUGAAGUUUUUAACGCCUGCUCUUCAGGAAGUGGUCUCACGUCUCGAUUGAGCUAAUCUCUUCUUAUCCUCUACCGUAAGCUGCAGGGAGCUGUCAUAUCUCGACUGCUUUACUUAUCGUUUCGCAACCUUGCUCCAAAUUUUGGUUGAAAUGCUGUUGUGGUGGUCUUUUGCACACCCACAUUUUUCUGGAAUGGAAGAAUUCUAUGUU